CGUGAGGAGGCUACCAAAGAAAAUGCUAUUGUUGUCGUCUGUCAGCUAGACGAUAACUGGCAUAGAUACUUAGCUAGCUGAAAUUAAUUAUCAAUGAGUAUUUUAUAUAUUGACAACGCCACAUAUUACAUGUUAAAAUGAAAAAAGGAGGAAUGCUCCGUUGGGCCUAACUGCUCUGACCUGAGGGAGCUGAGUCUGCUCCCCCCAUAAUCCCUUUGAUCCCUGACUCUUGACCCCUGGACGGUGUAACCAUGACGACGGGGGAUUGUUGCCACCUCCCGGGCUCCCUGUGCGACUGCACUGGCAACGCUGGCCUGUCCAAAAGCGUGGAGGAGUCGGAUAACUGCAGAGCGCAGUAUGUCACCCAGGUCACAGCCAAAGAUGGGCGGCUGCUCUCCACCGUCAUCAAACCUUUGAGCACACAGAGCGAUGGGCCAAUCUGCCGGAUCUGCCACGAGGGGGCCAACGGCGAAGGGCUUCUGUCCCCCUGCAACUGCACAGGGACUCUGGGCACGGUGCACAAGAGCUGUCUGGAGAAGUGGCUCUCCUCCUCCAACACUAGCUACUGUGAGCUGUGCCACACAGAGUUCACCAUUGAGCGCAGGCCCAAGCCCCUCACAGAGUGGCUGCGGGACCCGGGCCCUCGUAACGAGAAGCGCACAUUGUUCUGUGACAUGGUGUGCUUCCUAUUAAUCACGCCCCUGGCAGCCAUCUCUGGCUGGCUGUGUCUGAGGGGAGCCCAAGAUCACCUGCACUUCAACAGCAGACUGGAGGCCUUAGGCCUCAUCGCCCUCACCAUCGCCCUUUUCACAAUCUACGUCCUCUGGACUCUGGUAUCAUUCCGCUACCACUGUCAGCUCUACUCUGAGUGGAGACGAACCCAUCAGAAAGUACGCCUCCUCCUUCCAGACGCAAAGGGGAGGCAUUCUAACCAGCAUUCCUUGCUCUCCACCAAGCUGCUGAAAAAGACGGCAGACGAGACUAUAGUAUGAGGUCAAAGGUGCAGGUUCAACUCUUCCAGUACCUGUAGGCUUCAUGCAUUGGUUUGACUGAGGGUUUAACACCUGAAGGGCUUUGCAGUGGGACAGCUAAGCUGUGUAAGUGUUAUGCAGCUGUGAGAAUCCUGGUUAUGAGAGUGACUUUCUGGAAUCAGUUUCAACCUGAAAAAUUGUUAUCUCCAGUCACAGUAAACGAAAUAGGAAAGUCAUCCUCUCAACUUGAACAGAAUAGACAGACAGUCAGCCUAGUUCAGUGGUGUCCUGUUGGGAGACCCCUUUAAAAAAAAAUAAAGUACCCUCCUCUUUUUUGUUGUUGUAAAGUGUUGAUUUGACCUCUAGAGGAAUCCUCUUGUCUGGAAAAUAUAUUUGUUGUUAAAUAAUACUAGAGCUUAGUAGGAGGUUAUUUUCCUGUAUGUCAAUGUGUGUUGUGGAGUGGAACAGCUUUCAGGAUCUUUCAGCAUGGAGAGAGUUCUUAUCUGCAUUGUCAGUGAUGGGCCACUGCCCUAUCACAUGCUGUCUCUGAUUGGUGCUUUUUGCCUCUACCUGACAUGUUGGGAGCUAUGGAGACUUUGCAAUGUAGGGUGUAGUUACAGCAGUGUGCAAUUUGAUAACUUUACAAUGCAAUUCUUACCUAUAACCUUAACAAUACAUAAUGAAAUCAGAAAUAUAAUGUAGAAGCUAGUGCAUAUGAAGGAUCAUAGCAGUUUGCUCACUUGUGCAGUCUGAGAGGGCCACGAUAGGAUGUUUUAUUUUGCUAUGUGAGCCUGUGAGUUGCCAACAAUAUGCAACACUGCUCCCUUUGAAGGCAGCUCGGAGACAUACUUGCCACAUUACUCCAGCUUUUAUAUAACCGUUAACUCAAACAGGUCCUUUUCUCCAAAGAUGCAUUGAUUCUUGUUUUAUAUAUCAAAUGACACUUUCACAAAACUAUCAUGGAAAUCAAUACAGUUUGGUUGUUUCUAUAGUCUUCUAACACCGACUUUGAAAGGGAUUUAAAAGCAUUACUGAUAUAGUACAAUUUUCCAAUAUCUGGUGUUUGGGUAUUGCUCCUCAGAUUUUCUUUUUGGUUUGAAGACGCAACAAAGAUUCCUUGGCAUUCUCAUGCUUGUAUGUAGAAGGAGCAACAUACCAGAUUUGUAGACUUGUUUUUGUUUGAUAAUGUUUUAAUCUCUUGUUAAUUCUGCCACUGUUUUUAACAUAAUGAUGUGUAUCAGUUGUAAUUUAUGUUCAAUUAUUCAUUAAGCACAGGGUUUUUAUCACUCUUAGAGAUGGAAUCCGCAGAAGCUGAGGAGCGUCGCACAGCAUGGUAAAACAAAUGAUGCUCUUCUAUCGCAGGUGCAAUGAUGUCUGUUGGGGGGAAAACAGUGUUCGUUUUUUGUUGUUGUAAUAUCGCAAACGGACGUGGCAGUUCCACCAUUAAGGAUUCCAGCUUUAACUAUAAUGUUUAUGUUGUGCAGUGGGAAAAGAAAGAUGUCUAAACCCAAAAUAUGUUGGUGCUUGCAAUCAGCCAAGAAACUGCAAAGCAAAUAAAAAAUGGAAGCUACAGUAUGAAUAAACA